AUGCCUCCCUCAAAACCUAAACCCACCGGCUUCACCCUCCAAAAAGCCUACCUAACAACCUACAACACAACCUCCCUCCUCCUCUGGGCCACCUGCACCCUCCAAACCCUCUCCCUCUUCGCCCAAAACCACUCAAUCCCCCAAAUCUUCAACAAUGUCUACCCGCUCCUCAAAAUAACCCAAUCCUUGGCGCUUCUCGAAAUCCUCCACAGUAUCCUGGGUCUUGUUCGCGCCCCGGUUUUCACGACGGUCAUGCAGGUUGCGAGUCGCAUUUUGUUGGUUUGGGGGAUUAUGUUCCCUUUCCAGGGUCAGAUCGUGGGGGAUACGGGGAGUGGGAGUGAGGUAAAGGUUGGCGAUUGGGCGUUCUUGGGGUGUAUGGCUGCUUGGGGGGUGACGGAAGUGAUUCGGUAUGGGUUUUUUGCGUUGCAGGUUUCUGGGGUUGGUGUGCCGGGGGUUUGGGCUUGGUUGAGGUAUAACACGUUCUAUGUGCUGUAUCCUCUUGGGAUUAGCAGUGAGUGUAUUAUGGUGUUUAAGGCGUUGGAACCCGCCGCGGAUGUGAGUCCGUUGUUUAAGUGGUUUUUGGUCGUCGUGUUGGGGGUUUAUGUCCCUGGGUCGUAUAUUCUGUAUACGCAUAUGAUUGCGCAGAGGCGUAAGGCGUUGAAGAAGAAAUAGGGGUGUGUUGGCUGGUCUAUGUACAUCGUGGUGGAUAUGCGAUAGAUGGGUAGAUGGUGGUGGUAGAUGGUGAUAUGAAAGUAGAUUACAAGUAGCAUGUACAACUAUAACUCCUUCAUGAUAUCUCGCACCGCUUUGGCGGCAAACCGCUUCCGCUCCGUCUCUGGUAACUCGUCGCUCAUAUCUAGUCAUGUCAUGUUAGCAAGUUCCACAACAUCACGGGGAGAAGAACUACCCUUGAUCGCUCGCAUCCGGAGCAGCAAUGCCUCAACGGCAUCCACCCGCAGCUCCUCAUCCUCCUCAUCCCCGUCAUCGAAUCCAUCACCUCCCCCUCGCUCAAUGGCCAUCCGCAACCCGACCAUUUCCCGCUGAAGCUCAUCCACCUCCAACCCGAACCCGGUCUCCGUCUCAUCAUCCAGCCCCAGCAGCUCUCGUUCCAGCUCAUCAUCAAACCCAUCAUCCAGUAACCCUGGCUCCCCAUCCUC